CACGCGAGCAGAUAAGGAGCGAACAGUCCUCCCCAGCGCGCCAGCUCGCUGACCCCCCUCUGCCGUCCCUGAUGCGAUCCUGCGCGGCGGCUGCCGUUCUGCUGCCCGCUGCGGGGGGCACAGCCUGGCAUUUGUCCUCCAGGCUGCCCGCGGCCGAGAGUCCUCCAGCCGUGGAAUUAUUCGUCAUGUACAGUCCAGCGCUCACGUGCGCGUGGUGGCGCAUUUCUCCCUGCGCUGGCCAGCGGGUCGGGCCAGUCCUGGCCGCAGAGCUGGCAAAGAUGAUGAUUCCAGCCGGCAGAGCAGCUGCUCUUGGCGCGAUUGUGCUUGAAGACUAGGGGGAGGUGCUAUCAUUACAGUCUCGCUCUUCUCUCGGGGGGGGCGGCCUCCUUGUCUCCUCGUCUUCCUCCUCCUCCUCCUCCUCAUCCUGAAUCGCUUGCGCCCGCCGAAUCCGUCAGGAAUGCCGCUGUGGGCUGGACGUCCCUUCGCUGGGGUGCCAUACGGCACGGGAGCUGCGCGGCAUGGGGAAAAAAUGCCCGAACCGGAGCCUGGGAGCCGCCCGCGAACAGGAACCCUGCAGUCUCUGCAUCAAGGCGUGUUUGCGGCGUCCCCAUUACCAUCAAUACUCGC